AUGGAAUUUGAAUGCCAAGCAAGCAUUGACGUUACAGAAAAUCAAGCUCGCAUAGAAAAUUCUGUUCCUAAGGAUAUAGUGGUUUCAAAGCACAAGUUCGAUUUCUCUUCUCCAAGCGAGAUAUUAAGCAGCGUUGUUGCACAAGAGUUGCCUUGUGGCGAUGAUGAUGUUCUGCACGGUUUUCGUCGCUCAAUCAUCGACCUUCCUCCUGCAUUGAUAUCUGAAAUCCUGAACUGCUUGGACCCUAAGGAGCUUGGUGUGGUUUCCUGCGUCUCGACGGUAUUGAACAGGCUAGCUGCUGAGAAUCCUGUUUGGAAGGAAGUAUACUGUGAAAGAUGGGGACUUCCUUUAGUCCUCCAUCCAUCUGCUGGUGUAGUAGCGCUUUCCGAUGAGAAGAACUGGAAGGAGCUCUUUGUGGAGAGGGAGUUUAGGAGUAGAACGUUCUUGGGGCGUUAUAGCAUCGAUGUUCUGUACGGUCACAAGGAAGCUGUUAGGACAGUUUUCCUGUUGGCUUCCGCCAAGCUCAUUUUCACCUCUGGCUAUGACUCAGUUGUACAGAUGUGGGCCAUGGAGAGCUGCCUGUCAAUCGCUUCAUCCCGCUCCCUUGGAUGCACCAUUCGAGCAGUUUCGGCUGAUUCGAAACUACUGGUUGCCGGUGGUACUGAUGGAUUCAUCCAAUGCUGGAGGGCAGUUGAAGGCCUUCCACACUUGUUCGACCUCAAGGAUUCCACAUCCGAGUUCAGGCUUUGGGAGCAUGUCGGUCCCAUUACUUGUCUCGCUUUGGACCCCACAAAAAUCUAUAGCGGUUCAUGGGACAUGACCAUUCGUGUAUGGGAUCGAUCUUCCCUGAAAUGCUUGCAGGUCUUGAGUCAUGGAGACUGGGUUUGGAGCCUUGUUCCUCAAGGUACCACAAUUGCAGCUGCAUCCGGUUCAGAUGUAUAUGUAUGGGAUGCUCGUCGAGGGACUUUAUUAAAUGUUAUUGCUCAGGCUCAUGCUGGGAAUGUUUAUGCUCUAGCUCGAAGUCACACGGGGGACCUUCUUUUCACCGGAGGAGAAGAUGGGGCAAUACACAUGUUUGAGAUGGGUAAUACCGACUCGUCCAAAAUCGCUUCAUGGGUUGCUCACUCUGGUCCGGUUUACUCUCUGGCAUUCGAGUUCCCUUGGCUCGUCUCAUCUUCUGGUGAUGGGAAAAUGGCGCUCAUCGACGUGAGGAAACUGCUGAGACUGGCGAAACGGGCCAAAUGCUCUUCAAGGGCGAGAAAGAUGGUGGAGAGCAGCAUUGUGGAGCCUCCACAGAGGAUGUUGCACGGAUUUGGGCCGGACCUGUUUGCAGUUGACAUUGGUGCUGACCGCAUUGUCUGCGGAGGAGAAGAGGGUGUGGUCAGGAUCUGGAACUUCUCCGAAGCACUGGAGAAAGAACGGAGGGUCCGUGCACUGAGAGGGAUGCGGUCUGAGCAAAGGAUGCAUCGUCGCAAGAUCCAGGCCGAGAUGGGGAGUAAGAGUGGUCGAGCUGGUCAGUGUUUAGUUGCGGCUAGCAAGAACUCGGUGAAUGCUGAUCGCAAUGGUGUGUGGCAUAGUAAGCGUGGGGUGAGCGGGAAGCUGAAGGCUUAG